UCGGCACCGAAAUGAAUUCAGAGUUUGACGAUGUCCUGACCAACCAGCCUGUGGUGAUCGAUAACGGAUCGGGGGUCAUCAAGGCUGGAUUUGCGGGCGCGGAACAGCCCAAAUGUUUCUUCCCUUCAUUAGUCGGUCGCCCCAAGCAUAUUCGUAUCAUGGCCGGUGCGGUGGAAGAUGAGACUUUUAUCGGUCGCAAAGCGCAAGAAUUGCGCGGUUUGCUGAAAAUUAGAUACCCUAUUAAACACGGCAUUGUGACGGAUUGGGAAGAUAUGGAACGUAUUUGGCAAUACAUUUACACGGAUGAACUCAAGACAUUAUCAGAAGAGCAUCCUGUACUGCUGACGGAAGCACCUCUUAAUCCACGUUCCAACCGCGACUCUGCUGCUGCCAUGUUCUUUGAAACCUUCAACGUGCCGGCGCUGUUCACAUCGAUCCAAGCGGUGCUGAGUCUGUAUUCUUCAGGUCGAACGACUGGUAUCGUGCUCGAUUCGGGUGACGGUGUGACCCAUGCCGUACCUGUUUUUGAAGGUUUCGCUAUUCCCCACGCGAUUCGACGUAUCGAUAUUGCCGGAAGAGACGUAACAGAAUAUUUGCAAUUACUACUUCGUAAAUCUGGUUAUAAUUUCCACACUACGGCUGAAAAGGAAGUGGUGCGAAUUAUCAAAGAAAAGACCUGUUACAUUGCAUUGAAUCCGGCCAAAGAAGAAAAAGAGACCAGCGGGAAAAUGGACGAUUUUGUUCUUCCUGAUGGUAACAUUAUCAAGUUGGGUGCUGAACGUUUCCGUGCCCCUGAAAUUCUGUUUCAGCCGGAAUUGAUUGGCGAGGAAUAUCCCGGCAUUCACCAAUUGGUGGUGGACUGCAUUAGUCGCGCUGAUCUGGAUUUGAGAAAAUCGUUGUACUCGAAUGUGGUUCUUUCCGGUGGCUCGACUCUCUGCAGAGGCUUUGGUGAGCGUAUGCUGUCUGAAAUCAAGCGUCUUGCAUUGAAGGACAUCAAGAUCAAAAUCUAUGCGCCACCCGAACGCAAAUACAGUACAUGGAUCGGUGGUUCCAUUCUCGCCUCGUUAAGUACUUUCAAAAAGAUGUGGGUCUCUGCAGAAGAGUUUCAAGAAGAUCCCGAUAUCAUUCAUAAAAAGAUAUUUUAGAAAAAGAAAGCGCCACAACAGAUUUCCCCCUUUUCAUACCUCGUAGGAAAACUAUCAUGACUAUUUGCCUCAUGCAACGGAUAAUGGCGCUUUUUUUUACACGAUUCUUUUGCAUGUAAAAGAAAUGAUUUGUCUUUCCUAUCUACUUCUCCAUUUACUCUGCCUUUUUUUUGGUUCUUUUUCUGAUCUUCUUUUCUUAUUAUUUCAUUCUACUGUUUUCUAUUUUUUCUUGUUCGUCUUUCUUUCAACGAAAAGAAGUUGCCAU